GUUGUUUGUUGAACGUAUUUACACAUACAGAUUUGUAAAACCCUUCGUUUUCGGAGAGGCUUAGGAAGGAUUCUUGUUAGAUUUAACCUGGUUCCUCUUCAGUCAACCGGCUUUACACCCCCGCCCCGAACCUAAACACAUUGCGUGGAAGUGAAUCAGGUUGAUUUAAAUGGUGCUUAUUUCUGUCAAAGGAAGUGUAUUACGGAUCGGACAAAGCUCAGUUCCUCAAAAAGAAUAUCUGUCCCUUUGAAAGAAAUAUAGUACAUAUUGUAUAUUGUCUCAACGUGAAUUAGUGUUUCAUACAGAAACUAGCAAGCAGAGUUUUGAGGAUUCUCUGAAAAAGGAAUUGUGAAUUUCACAAUGUGAGACUCCUAAUACUGCAUUUUGUUAAUCUUCCAACUAAUAGUGCCUCUAAACUAAGAGAGAGGGGACCUUGUUUGCCUGGCCCCUCGGAUUAAGGGGAUAAUGAAGAAAAUAGGGGUGGAGCUGGGGGGGCGGUUCUUUGAACUCAUCUGCUCAAUUAUAACUACACAAUAUGCGGAUGGCUGAGUUCAAUGAGGUUUAUUUUCUGGUAAACCAAGGAUUACAGCUUUAUGCUGAAAAUAAAUGCUAUUGAAGUUAAUGGAGAUUCUAUGCCCAUUUAGUUCUAUUGAAAUUACUUCCAGGUAAUGUUUGCAUAGUCGCCUUAAGUGGUGCAGCAGGGAAAUGCUUGACUAACGAGCAGAAGGUUGCCAGUUCAAAUCACCGCCGGGCAGCAGUGAUAUAGAAACAUGCUGAAAGGCAUCAUCUCAUACUGCGUGGGAGGAGGCAAUUGUAACCCCCGUAUUCUACCAAAGAAAACCACAGAGUUUGUGGGUGCCAGGAGUCAAAAUCGACUUAACGGCACACUUUACCUACCUUAAUGUUUGCAUAGGAAAGGUUGUGCCGAAGCCAGUAUCAACCCCACAGACAGAGCCAUAUGGUUUUCUUGGCAGAAUACAGGAGGAAUGGUUUACCAUUGCCUUCUCCUGUGCAGUAUGAUACCUUUCAGCACCUUCCUAUAUUACUGCUGCUGCCCAAUAUAGGAGUUUCCCAUAUUCUGGGAAACACACCAGCGGGGAUUCCAAACAACAGCCUCCUGCUCUCUAGGCAGUUUGCUCCCCCGGUGUGCCAGUAGGUGGCUCGUUUGCAUAAGACUACAACCUAUAUGCGGCUAAAUACUACUACUGAUAUUUAUAUACCACUCUUCAACCAAAGUUCUCAGAGCGGUUUACAGAGAAAAAUACAUAAAUACAUCCAGUACUUUUCGAGUGCCGCCGCCAAUGUUUAUUACUGCCAACGUAUAGCGAAAAUGGCCACCGCAAUACGCCAGAAUACUAACAUAUAAAUACAUGUUGUAUGUAGACUAACGGAAUAUCAAAUCUCCAAUUUGGCCAACUGAACAGAUUUUAUUCAGUCAGGGCACAAAAGGGAUUUAAUACGAAUUCAUCAGUUUUGAUGAUUUGUAGAUCAAAGACACGAACAGCCAACGCUAAGAAAAUCAUUCGUGUCUGGAAACCGAAAUUCGCUUGCCUGUUGGUGUCUUUGAUCUACAAAUCAUGGCCAUCGUGCUGAAGUAACGUUCAUGCUUUCUUAAAGUGCGCGCGCCAAAAACGCACAUCCCAACUCAAUUUCCCAGAAUGCUUAGAGAGAGCACCCGUAUUUACCCGAUUAGAAGAGGACUCUGAAUGUAACACUACACCUUUAAAAAACAACAACAGGUUAUACUGUACUUACUCGAAAAGAAGAGGACUCUGAAUUUCAGAGGAUUUCCUGAUUUCUAACAUCAAAAAAACUUGGGGCGAGAGAGAGCCUAUGUCUUGCACCCAGCGCAUGAUAAACCUAUCUGAGCUGACACCAUAUAUAAUGUGUUCUAUCUGCAAGGGGUACUUUAUAGAUGCCACAACUAUAACCGAGUGCCUUCAUACAUUUUGUAAAAGCUGCAUAGUUAGACACUUCUACUACAGCAAUAGAUGUCCAAAGUGCAACAUUGUAGUACAUCAGACACAGCCCCUUUAUAAUAUCAGGUUGGAUCGACAGUUGCAAGAUAUAGUUUAUAAACUAGUUGUCAACUUGGAGGAAAGAGAGAAAAAGCAAAUGCAUGAUUUCUACCGAGAGAGAGGUCUAGAAGUACCUAAACCUGCUGUGCCCCAGCCAGUUACUGCAACUAGGGGAAGGCCCCGCAAAGUUGUAGGAUCAGUGUUCCGAAUCCCGCCAGAACUUGACAUGUCACUACUCCUGGAAUUUAUUGGAGCUAAUGAUCUCUCAGGGAAUUUUAAGCCACUGGAAAAGAAGUUUGUACGAGUUUCAGGAGAGGCAACAAUUGGACAUGUGGAGAAAUUCCUCCGAAGAAAGAUGGAUCUUGAUCCUGGCUGUCAGGUAGACAUAAUAUGUGGUGAUCACCUGCUGGAACACUACCAGACUCUAAGGGAAAUCAGACUAGCUUUAGGAAAGAAUGCGGUGCAGGAUGGCUUGCUUGUACUUCACUAUGGCCUGAUUGUUAGCAGGGACUCUACACUUUCAAAGAUUGGUUAAAUAUCAGAAGCUGAAAGACUCUGAAGGAGCAAAACCUCUUCAAUCCUCAAGUGCACCAAAGGCCAUCUUAUUGGAAGGAAUCAAAUUAAUGCAUGCUGUUUGCUCUACACUACUAAAUUAGCAUUUUCCCCCACACUGGUUUAAGUCAGAUGGUGUGGCAGUAACUACGGCUUGAGACUACAGUCCUCUUGCAUUGACGGUCCCCUAUCAAGAUGGCUGGAUUCAUUUAAGCACAAUGUCUUGCAGGAUUCACAGUUUAUACCCUGGAUUUGAACUUGAGACAAGUAUUUAUUUGAAAGCUCGUUAUACAAGUGCAAUGCUGGUCUCAGGGAUGAUCUUCAGUGUGUAGUGUCUCAUUGGAAAAGAGACAUGUUUUCUUCUUGGGGAUACUUAAUGUACACUAAUGGAUGGUAAGGGACGUCUUUCAGAUGUAUGUCUAGAUUAGGGCUGUACAGCUUCGGCCCUCUGAGUGGUGUGAGGCUACAAUUCCCAUAAUCCCCAGCAACAGUGGCUAAUAGCCUAGGAUAAUGGGAGUUGUAAUCUAGUAUCUGUAGGAGGACUGCAAGUUGUUCAGUCCUGCUCUAAAUCAAAUGUAGGGUCAGCCACAUUCUGCAAUGUAUAAACAUUAACAUUUUAUGAGAAGACACAAUAUCUUAUCAAAUUAGUGACACAAUGUGAAAGGAAUUGGAUGGAUGUAACACAAUACCCAAUGAUAAUGGUUCUGAACUCACUGUGGAUGUGACAGAUUUUCAUGUAAUGAAGGUGAUUGUACACCUGAUGUUAUUCCUACUCUCAAUUCAGUGGCCAGGGUUUGUUCUGGGAUGAUCCAUCAAGGAGAUGAUGAGAUUGCCCCAUUGCGCAGCCUGAAGGGACCUCCCUCACUUCCCUCCUACUUUGCUCUAAACCUACUUCUACUCCUGGCUUGCAGUGCUCACCAUGUUUCCCUGCUUCCCUAUAGGCUCUUGUAGUCAUCCCCCCCCCCCGCUGUUUCACUAUGCUCUGGCAUCUAUUCCUCCAUUUCUUCUAGCUGCUGUAUUGGAGUCUUGCUUGGCGGCAAAUGACUGGGUCCUGUCAAGCAUGUGAGCUUCAGCCAACAAUGUGUAUUUCCGAGCUAGCAGCAGCAAUGUCAGUGAUAAGAUAGCCACUGAUUUGAAAGGCAACCCAGUGAGGGAUUUUAUUUAUAACCUUUCCUAUAACAAAGCCAAGAAUGUCCUGAAAAGUUAAAAACAAAACAUAAAUGCACUUAAACUCCCUUUCCCUUUGUUGGUGGGAUAAGCAUUAUACGUGGGAGUGAACUACUGAGAAGACAAUAUAGGGUUAAAACUAGAAGUGAAAAUAACGGCAAAGAAACAUUUUUGGUAACAAACAGGGUUUAUAGUAUACUGUUAUUGUAUACUAUAUUUGGGGUAUUAAAAGUAAAAUUCUGAUGGGUUCUUGGAGGUAGUGCCUGUAAAUCCAAACUAAAGCCAUUUUCCUAACUCCACCCAGUAAUCACUUACACAAUGCAGGUCAACUGGAUUCUUGUCCGGGCAGGCCUCUGGCUAUAGCUUUAAAUCCUCAGGCUUCAGAUGUUACUAAGCAGACUGCAGCUUUUGCCAGUUGUUAAGCAGGUAUUUAAGGAGGCUACAGUCUUCAAUUUGGUCCUUUUUUCCUCUGCCAGCCCGAGAGUAACUGUUGAAGAUGAAGUCUUCAUCUUCAGUGUCCUUAGCUACAAGUUCCAAUUGCAACCAUAGUUUUCUAAGAGACAGAUGCACUCUUAGGAUACCUUCUGGAGGAUGCCACAGACUUUCAGUCUGCUUCCAGCACACCCCACCCCCACCCCUUGGCUCUUUUACCUUACUUUUCAGACUCUUUCCAUGCUUCAAUCCUCUUCCUUCUGUCUUUAGCCCCUUCCUAGGCUCUUCUCCCUUCUGUAUCCCACAACAAACUUUCAUAAUCUCAUUCCUGGCUCUCUGCAUCUGACCUGGAAAUAUUCUGACCAAUAGCAUUUGGACAACUUUUGCAAACCAAGCCCAUUGGCCUGAGAACUCCUGACCAUGAUAGUGGACAUGUUUCCAAUCUCUAAGUGGAUAUUGGAUGCUGCUGGCCACUAGAAAUACUGAGGAUCUCUCCAGUCUGCAUCAGAUUAGGGGUGUGCACGGAACCGGCAUUUACUAAAAAAUGGCCGCUGCACAUGCACAAAUGGCCUCUGUGAGGCCCUGGGCCAUGCCAGGCCUCACAGAGGCCAUUUGCACAUGAACAGUGGCAGGCAAAAUGGCCACCGUGCCUACUUACGGGGGCCCGAACGUACAAUAAAAUGGGCCGCGACAGUGAUUACCAACACCAGUGGGGGGAAGGGGAACCUUCACAGGACACCCCCCCCAUGGCCUCCAGGAAGCCCCCCGAAGGGGCUAGAGGUAAAAAUUUUUAAAAAUCACAAACUGGCAGGGGGUGCAGUCCUGGUCUUGACGGAGCGGGGGGGUUCAGUUUGACCCUGAACCAUCAAACUGCCGAACCAAACCCCCGAACCAGUUCGCACAUUCCUACAUCAGAUAAAGCACAAGUUACUUUCUAGUCACUUCUCUCUCUUAACAAGCUUUUGGCUUCCUAGCAACCACCAUUACAGUUACUCUCCAACAGAGGACAGCAUUUCUUCAAAAUGUAAACAAACCACACAGAAAAACAGUAACCUUUUUAACUGGUCUCAUUGACCUUUUACCUCAGGGCAAUUUUUUAAACAAUGAAUUUGAUUCUCCACAAAAAUAUUCAGUUUAUUUUCUAUUUCUAAUAAAAGCAUCUACAGCUGGCUUUUGUUGCCGUA